GGGAAAAAUCAGCUGGAAUCCGCGGAAAUCAUCAACAGGACUAUUUUCCUUUACUUAGCUAGCUAUCCAUCUGUCAACUUCUAAUUCUCCUUUCCUUCCUUGUUGCUGUCAAAACGCCACACUGGCGAUGUCGGAGUCAUACGAUUUCCUGUUUAAAUUCCUGGUGAUUGGGAAUGCUGGAACAGGCAAAUCCUGUCUGCUGCACCAGUUCAUAGAGAAGAGAUUCAAGGAUGAAUCCAACCACACGAUUGGAGUGGAGUUUGGCUCUAAGAUCAUCAAUGUGGUCAACAAAAUGGUCAAGCUGCAGAUUUGGGAUACUGCAGGACAAGAAAGGUUCAGGUCUGUGACCAGGAGUUACUACAGAGGAGCAGCAGGAGCUCUGCUAGUUUACGACAUCACCAGUCGAGAGACGUACAACGCUCUGACCACGUGGCUGAGUGAUGCCAGGAUGCUGGCCAGUCAGAACAUCGUCAUCAUCCUGUGCGGAAACAAGAAGGACCUGGAUGCAGACAGAGAGGUCACGUUCCUGGAGGCUUCCCGCUUUGCUCAGGAGAACGAGCUUAUGUUCUUGGAGACCAGCGCUCUAACAGGAGAGAACGUUGAAGAGGCUUUUGUCCAGUGCGCUCGGAAAAUCCUCAACAAGAUAGAGUCAGGGGAGCUGGAUCCAGAGAGGAUGGGUUCAGGUAUCCAGUAUGGCGACGCUGCGUUACGACAGCUACGUUCUCCUCGUCGUGCUCAGCCACAGGGCACCCAGGAGUGUGGCUGCUAGUGGAUGCGAGGAGUUACAAACACAGACAAGGUGAAAGGGCCGUGUGUUUCAGAUGUGUUUAUGGAGACCAGGAGAAGAACAGCUUCGGGGGACCCAGGGUUCAGGUUGCUAUGUUGAUGACUCCUUUCUGACCUUUGACCCUUCGCACGGAAUCUUCAGAACCUUUGUUGUCAUGGCUGCACCUGCAGAGAGCUGAAAAGUACUCCCAGCCACGCCCCCUCUCAGAACUAUGAGCAUCUCCAUGGAAACCAGAGAACGCCCACCCUCCAACAUUCUGCCCCACUACUGGACCAAACCUUUGACAUGUAUUACUGACAUGUAUGUUACCCCUCUCUCUCACCUUUAUACUUACCUUUUCUCAUGCCUGCUUACCUCCCAAAUGUAUGCAUUUUAGUUUUUCUCUUAUCACUAUUCCUGUCUACCUUCCAUAUGGACAACUGAGGGGAAAUGUCUUUUCUUUUGCAUCUGAGUUAGACAAAGACGAUAUAGUUUGGUGAUUAGUCAGCUGUAAAGGCUUUGGUAGGUGGAUUUUGAGAUUUUGGGGCUAGCCAGGCUAACCUGUUCCCUCCUCUUUCAGAUAUUAUGCUUAUUUAAUAACCCCUCGGCCCCAGACUGAUACUUGAUUCACAGACAUGAGCUAUUGAUCUUUCUCAUCUAAAGUCUAAUUUGUGGUCGGGUGCUCUACAGAAAUGACAUAUUUUCAACAGAAAAAAAUGUCGCUGGACACUUAACUUUCGCGUCAUGCACCUGAAUAAUUUUGUUAUGUCGCAGACACUGUCGUGUUUUGUUGCGUAAUGUGACUGGAAGUGUUAUUAAUGAUGAAGUGGAGAGACUAGUUUUCAAUCCAAACUGACUCUGCAGUUCACCAGGCUGACUGACAGCAGACAUUUACUGAACCAAAAUAUUCAUGUCAGCGACACAGGAAGCAAUUGACAGUGUUUGUAUUUAGUGAUUUAUAGAUUUCAGUUCCCGGUUUAAAUAAGCAAGUGAGGGAGAUAUGCUGAUUUACUGAGAGCUGAUCGGUCGCUGUAGAUAGGGUUUAUAUGUGUAUGUGUGAUUUAAACAGCUGUCCGUGCAAAUUACUCUGGUCUCUGGUUACUAUGGAGAUAACUUAAAACCUUUCACUGAAGCAUAAAUUGAAAGUGAUGCCUGACUGUUCAAUUUCUGUCGAGCGACACUUAUCAAAAUUGUGGAGCGCCCUCUUGGCAAGAAAACUAAUUGUUGGACUAUUCCUUUAAACACUUACAUAUUUAUUACCUUCCCCACCUACAGUUUUACUAUUUCUCCACCCUCCUGCUCCGAUUGCCUGUUAACAUAACCCUCACCUGUUUAAAACACACCACUAAAAGUCUACUGACCACCCAUACACUUUGCAUUCCCUGUAUCUGUUUCUCUCCCAGCAAAGAGCCCACAGGCAAUGCAGCUGCCAACUGACAUCAUCAGCCUGCCCUCCACACCCAUUAUUACAUCCCAUCAUUUUCUCUGUUACCUUCUUACACACCUUCUAACAGUCUACCUGCCUGACUCUUUACGCAGCUCUCUGCCCCUCUGUGAACCCCCCCCUUACAGCAUCCUAUACACUGUACAGUGUUUCUGUAUAUAGAGACUGACGCAUGUUUUCUCAGACAGAAUAGCAGAGUAUUUCAAUAUGAAGAGAUAUUAUAUGUAUAUUAAAGUAGAUAUAUCCAGCAUCUGUUUUCAUGCUCCACUGUGUUAUCAUGUUAAGCUACAAUACACUGGCGACUUGUAAGCAGUAUAGACGGGCAGUACUGUUUGCAGUAUGUUUGUGAAUGGGAAAAACAUGGGGAUUUCAAUAUUGAUAUUUAUGUGAGGAAAAAAAUGCUGUUUUAUCAUUGUCCGAGCUAAUAGAUUUUAAAAUCAGAAAUAUUUCUGAGGAUACAUUUGGCUUUCCGUCAUGGUUGAUUUAAAUAAUUUGGAGUGUGAAAGUUAAAUGUCAUCUUUUGAUUUACAACGGCACAUUCAGCAUUCACUACUCAGUCACUUCUUUAUCCACAGGAUUCCACUUACAACUGAUUAUGUCUGAUCCCUCUCAUUUAUUAAUUAUGCCUGUUUACAUGAAUACCUCACUGCUAGCUGUGAGGUGAUUCUAACGAAAUGCAUUUCAAGUUUUUUGUCUCCAAAGAUACUUUUUGUUCAGUUCAGCCACAUGAAGCUCACAACAAGAAAUCACUUCAACUUGGGUUUUGUUUUAUGAAGAUUUAGACUGAAAAGGUGUGAUUUGCAUAGGUGUGUUCAAGCACUACAACGUGUGUUUGUGUUAAUGUUAUGUUUUUUUGGGUUUUUUUUACAUGUUUGCCCCUUCAUAGUUAUGCAUUAAGCUUUUAAAUCAAGCACACUUCAAACUGUAUAAAUAUAUCAUUUAAGAAUGCAUCUGAUAGUGGCGGCUCCACAUCAGAUCGCAGUCUUGUGUUGAUGACAUCAUCAUGUCCUUUGUUUACUGAUGGACAUCUGUUUUUCUCUUGUCAUUAUGAAUAUCAUGGAU